AGUUGUUCUGGCGUUCUGCUAGUUGAAAAGUGUUUGUAGCUUGUAUUUUGAGAUAUUUUACAUAAGGUUCAAAGAUGUCAAAGAAGCCAAGCACACAACCAGCCCUUCACAAGGUGAUCAUGGUGGGAAGUGGAGGUGUUGGCAAAUCUGCACUUACUCUACAAUUCAUGUACGAUGAGUUUGUUGAGGACUACGAGCCAACCAAAGCUGACUCGUACAGAAAAAAAGUAGUUCUGGACGGAGAAGAGGUGCAGAUUGACAUUCUAGAUACUGCCGGCCAGGAGGACUACGCCGCCAUCAGAGAUAACUAUUUCAGAAGUGGGGAAGGAUUUUUGUGUGUGUUCUCAAUCACAGAAGAUGAGAGCUUUCAAGCUACACAAGAAUUCAGAGAGCAGAUUCUCCGCGUGAAGAACGAUGAGAAUAUUCCAUUCCUGUUGGUUGGCAACAAGGGGGAUUUGGACGAGAAGAGGAAAGUUUCGCUGCAGGACGCACUAGGCAGAGCGCAGGAGUGGGGGGUGCCUUAUGUGGAAACCUCGGCCAAGACUAGAGACAACGUGGACAAGGUGUUUUUCGAUCUGAUGAGGGAAAUCAGAUCGAGAAAAAUGGAAGACAACAAAUUGAGCAACGGCAAAGGCAAGGACAAGAGCAAGCGGAAGAAAUUAAAAUGCACGAUUUUGUAAAGAAAAGUGAGUGGAUUGUGUUCUGCCGAGUUGGGACUCGAGUUUGGUGGACAGUAACGUCACACAAACGUGCCUGUUUCUUUUUUUACUCUUGUUUGUUGCCGGGGCUUCGGCCCAAAGUACAUUGAAUAUGCAAGGCAGAAGAAUUUGACGUUAACUUGUAGUAUUUUGCAAAUUUAAAUUGUUUGUUGUAUGUCUGUUUUAGUUCUAACUCAUAUAAGAUUCAAAGUUUUUCCAACAAGAAACCAGAUUGACCAUUGAGAAAUGGGAUUCAGGCAUUUGUUAGGACACAAAAAGUUCACUACAGUUUGUACAUAAUAUUUAUCUCAGGGAGUUCAUAGAGAAGUCAGUAAUGGACUAAAAUAUUGGAAGGCUUCAUACUUUAUGAAGCCUCUUGGAAAUUCCAACAUAUCAAGUAUAGUAUUGUGAUUGUUUUGAGAGCUAUCUCUGGUUGAAAACUAUUUUUAGGAUGUGACAAAUAUCUACCUCUUUCUUAAUGUUUUCCUCUUUAAUGUAAGCUCAGUGCUCUUUCCUCCUAAGAAACUAGUGUUUAUUACUUACAUUUUUACCUAUGCCAUUGUUAAUUUUAAAACAAUAGACAUUGUUUGAUUUUCUGUACAGUUAUUUAUUCCUAAAAUGGCCUCUGAAUUUACCGAUCUUGAGGUUACUGAAUCAAGUAAUGUAUUCUACUCAUUAUUAAGUUACAAUAAAAUUCUUCUGCCUUGUAUUUUUCAAAUACGUUAUCAAACAUGUACAAUCACAUGUAUAACCUAUAGUUACGUAUUUAGUAUUAUUUAUUAUUACUUUGUAGCAUUUUCAAGCUGUCGCUUGCAUCUUGUCAUCCUAGCGUUUUAUAGUUACUUUGUAAUUUUUUAAAUCUCUCGGUCGUUUAAGCUUUUAUCUAGCAGUAUGGAAUAUUUUUACCUUACUCUAUAUACUUACCUUGCACGUUCCGAUUUGAACAAAUAUUUCCAAUCUGGUUUUGAGCUUCGGUUUCUUACGAUUGUAUAAGAACUCGUAUAUCUUAAGUAUAGUGAAUAACAUGUGUUCAAGUAUUUAGUCUCAAAAUAGAAUGUGAUGUUUUGUUCGGCCUUGUUUUGUUUGCAGUUUAAAAAUUGUUGAUUUUUGGUUAAACUGUGUCGGUAGUGUCAGUUUGAAUUAAGAGCAUUAUCUGCUGCACCCAUUACUUUGGUGUUCACACUAAUAUGGUAAAGAAGGUAUUGUGCCAGUUGUGAACGGACCAAUAUUAAAGCUUUUAUGAACUAAAAUACCGAUUUAAAUUUAUUACUCAUCGUUGUGGGUUGUAUUCUAUUUACACGGUUGACAAAACACUGGUUGGAAUUUUUAACGCUAAGUGUUAAUCAGGGAAAAACAGAAUACUGACUUAUUUUUAUUCUAACGAAACCAUAAACAAGCCUACCACAAAUAAUUUGUUUUGUCACUUGAUAUUAUGAUUCUAAACACAAAUUUUACCCAUGCUUGUAAAUUUACAUCCAAAAUUCUGUCUCUUUUAUCCUUUAUAUUAAAGUUGUUACUCAAGUUAUAAUAAAAUUACACAUGCAGCAGACAACGCUUGUUAAUUGUAAUUCAAUUUGUUUUAUUUCAAUUAAAUCUAUGUUAAAGGUUUAUGUCUGACUAGUAGACUAUCCAAAUAAAACUAGGAUGUUCACAGUUCAAAGUGUUCAAGAUACUUAAAAACUCAAUUUACUGGAAAGUUCAAUUCUGUAAAAUUUUAGAAAAUAGUUAAUUUUUUCCUUAAAACGGUAAUUUCUUACAAUAUUUUUUUUAUAUUCAAUACUGUCAAUUAAUGUAGACAUGCAGUUUAUUUCUACUAAUCUUAGUGAAAUUAAGUAUCUUCAACACAAAGAAUACUCAACAAAAUCUGGCUGUGACAGACAUUUAUUAAUCAAAACCAAAUUUUUAUUGCUUUAAGUUAUUUAUAAGGAUUGCAUUUUCUCUAGACUCAAGUUGGCUUUACAGUGCUCUAAAGAGUGUAUGAAGUGAAUGUGUAGCAUAGACAUUUUUGUAAAGAACGAAUAGUUUAGGGGGUCCAAGGUAAGAGUUAUUUAUUAUAUCCUUAGGCUUUAUUAUGACAAUGUAUGGAUGCGUUGAUUCAUGUUUUUAUAAUAAAAAUGUGUAAAUAUUUACAAGUA